AUGGCAUCAUCUGAUAACCAAGCUCCAUGGUCUGAAAUAGACAUUCUGAAGUUACUGGAAUGCAUGAAGAAUAAUAUCCCAUCAGAUGACUUCAGAGAAUUCAAAACCAGCCAGGCCGACCUAGACUGGAGCAAAGUAGCUUUUGGAUGUUUUUCAGGAGAAAUGUGCAAACAGAAAUGGAAGGAGAUUUCUUGUAAGUUAAGGAAGUUCCGCACGCUGGCAGAGUUGGUGCGUGAAGCCAAGGAACUUAUGAAAAAAACUCACAAAAAUAAUACAGUCGAGCAACAUUCUCACCGGCCCAAAAGACCCUUGACAGCCUAUCUGCGCUUUUACAAGGAGCAGCGACCCAAAUACUGUGAGAUGUACCCUAACUACAGCAAUACGCAGCUGACCAAAAUCCUGGCUGAAAAAUACCGUCAGCUGCCAGCGGAGAUAAAGCAGAGAUAUAUCCAGGACUUCAAGAAGGAGCAACAAGAGUUUCAAGAAAAGAUGAUUCAAUUCAAGAAAAAGCAUUCUGUUUCAGGGCAUCCUCAGAAAUCUGUGGUGCCCCAGAGUCACCAAACCAAAGUCUCUAAAAAGUCACAAGGAGCUAUGAAGAACAUAAAGUCUCUUCGAAAAAGGGAAUUUCCCAAAGCAUUUUCCUCACACAUGAAAUUUCAGGGAGAACCCAGGAAACCCCCUAUGAAUGCAUAUAACAAAUUUCACCAAGAUGCAUGGUCAAGUCCAGAACUGAGGCAUCUGUCCUUUAGGGAACGCUGGGUUGAGAUUAGCAGGCUUUGGCAUCGUGUCCCAGAAGACCAGAAGGAGCUGUAUAGCAGACAGAGUGAGGAGUUACAGAAACAAUACUGGGUGGAGCUGGACCUCUGGCUCAAGAGAUUGUCUCCUGAGGAAUAUGCUGCGUACAAAGAGGCCAAGGCCAUCUGUGGUAAGCGAAAGAACAUGAGCAUGUCUGGAGGCAGAAGCCCCAAAUUUGGACGAACAGAUGAUCUGCAGUCCUCCUCAGAGAAAGAGCUUCAAGUAAAGCCUGGAGAGGGAGAGGAGCUGCUGGAUUCUGGAACAGAUUCCUCAGACAUUAAUCAAAGUAAUAAUGGUGGCUUCCAGGCAUCCAGGCUGACAGAUGAGAGCGAAGAGGAAGACAGGCUGACAGAUGAGAGCGAAGAGGAAGACUCUAGCACCUCUUCAGAUUCUAGCAGUACAGACGAAGAUGAUGAAAAUCUUCCUCAGGGGAACCCUAAUGUUUAG